GGUGGUCCCUGGCACUAAGUUCCCCAGGACUGGCCAAUCUUAGAGGAUAACAACAAUCUGGACCGCCCAGCUCCCACCCCGUUCGUCUCCCAAAUUCUCCAAGACCUUGACCACGACAGACUGGGCAGGUUUCCAUUUCAAUUCUCCUUCGCUCUCUGACCAAAACUCUCAUGUAUGCGAAGCCCUCAUCACCCUCUGAGAGUCUGCGCAACUUGGGACUUCGAGCCAAGACAUCCUCAAGCGACCAGAUUUCAGCAAAACCUACGAACACAGUCAAAUGAUUUAUUGUGUAGUGUUUCCUACCCACACGGUCGCGCCCGAGGAGCAGCCCUGUAUCGCCUCAUCCACGCCUCGCCGUGACGUCACACAGGGCGCCGGGAAAUGGCCGCCGGGCUCCUACGUCAUUCGGUCGCGCAGAGUUGGUUGUUGCUGUACAGUUGCUGGGAGGAGGCUAGAAGUGGGGUGGCUGGGGCAAAGGAUCAUGCAGUACAGCGAAAGGUUUCCUGGGCAGCAGAGGCCGCUGGGCUGGCGAUGAAAGAAGCAGGGCAGAUGCAAAAUCUGGAGAGCGAGGGGGCCGGACGGUCAGUCAGCACCCAGACUGGCAGCAUGACCGGUGAAAUACCAAGGCUUUCUAAAGUCAACCUUUUCACUCUGCUCAGUCUCUGGAUGGAGCUCUUCCCAGCAGUCAAAAGUCAAAGACAAAAGUCUCAGGAAAGGGAGGAAGGCAAGCAUGGACCCUUAGGAGAUAAUGAAGAGAUGGCCAGAGUAUCUACUGACAAAAAACAGGUGAAGAGAACUGGUCUUGUGGUGGUGAAAAACAUGAAAAUUGUUGGUCUCCACUGUUCAAGUGAAGAUUUACAUGCUGGGAAAAUCGCUCUGAUAAAACAUGGGUCAAGGUUGAAAAACUGUGAUCUUUAUUUUUCCAGAAAACCAUGUUCUGCUUGUUUGAAAAUGAUUGUAAAUGCUGGAGUUAACCGAAUUUCAUACUGGCCUGCUGAUCCAGAAAUAAGCUUGCUGACUGAGGCUUCUAGUUCUGAAGAUGCAAAGUUAGAUGCCAAAGCAGUGGAAAGAUUGAAAUCAAACAGUCGGGCCCAUGUGUGUGUCUUACUUCAGCCUUUGGUGUGUUAUAUGGUGCAGUUUGUAGAGGAGACCUCUUACAAAUGUGACUUUAUUCAAAAAAUUUCAAAAACAUUGCCGGACACUAACAUUGACUUUUAUUCUGAAUGUAAACAAGAAAGAAUAAAAGAAUAUGAAAUGAUAUUUUUGGUUUCCAGAGAAGAAAUGCAUAAGCAAAUACUGAUGACUAUAGGUUUGGAGAACCUGUGUGAAAAUCCGUACUUCAGCAAUCUAAGGCAAAACAUGAAAGACCUUAUCCUACUUUUGGCCACAGUAGCUUCCAGUGUGCCCAACUUUAAACACUACGGAUUUUAUUGUAGCAAUACCGAACAGAUUAAUGAAAUUCACAAUCAGAGUUUGCCUCAAGAAAUUGCAAGGCACUGCAUGAUUCAGGCCAGGUUAUUGGCAUAUCGAACUGAGGAUCAUAAAACAGGAGUUGGAGCAGUCAUCUGGGCAGAAGGAAAAUCUAGAAGUUGUGAUGGAACAGGAGCAAUGUACUUCAUAGGAUGUGGUUAUAAUGCUUUUCCUGUUGGAUCUGAGUAUGCUGACUUCCCGCACAUGGAUGACAAACAGAAAGACAGAGAAAUAAGGAAAUUCAGAUACAUUGUACAUGCAGAACAGAAUGCCUUGACAUUUAGGUGUCAAGAGAUAAAACCAGAAGAAAGAAGUAUGAUUUUUGUGACAAAGUGCCCAUGUGAUGAAUGUGUACCUUUAAUUAAAGGUGCGGGCAUAAAACAAAUCUAUGCAGGGGAUGUAGAUGUUGGAAAAAAGAAGGCAGACAUCUCUUACAUGAGAUUUGGGGAACUUGAAGGUGUUAGCAAAUUUACAUGGCAACUGAAUCCAUCAAGAACUUGUGUUCUUGAGCAAAAUGAGCCUGAAAGCAGAGAGAGAAAUACAAGUCUUUAUGGGCAGAAGCAAGAAAGAACAAUCCUGUGGAACAAAAACCACAUUCACAGAAAGAUAGACAAGAUGAAAAGGCAGAGGGCUAUGUACCAGAUGAAGGAAGAGGAUAAAACCUGAGAAAAACAACUAAAUGAAGUGGAGAUAGGCAAUCUUCCAGAAAAAGAAUUCAGAAUAAUGACAGUGAAGAUGAUCCAGGACCUGGGAAAAAGAAUGGAGGCAAAGAUUGAGAAGAUGCAAGAAAUGUUUAACAAAGACCUAGAAGAAUUAAAGAACAAGCAAACAGAGAUGAACAAUACAAUAACUGAAAUGAAAAAUACACUGGAAGGAAUCAAUAGCAGAAUAACUGAGGCAGAAGAACAGAUAAGUGACCUGGAAGACAGAAUGGUGGAAUUCACUGCCACAGAACAGAAUAAAGAAAAAAGAAAGAAAAGAAAUGAAGACAACCUAAGAGACCUCUGGGACAACAUUAAAUGCAACAACAUUCGCAUUAUAGGGGUCCCAGAAGGAGAAGAGAGAGAGAAAGGACCCGAGAAGAUAUUUGAAGACAUUAUAGUUGAAAACUUCCCUAACGUGGGAAAGGAAAUAGCCACCCAAGUCCAGGAAGCGCAGAGAGUCCCAUACAGGAUAAACCCAAGGAGAAACACGCCGAGACACAUAGUAAUCAAACUGGCAGAAAUUAAACACAAAGAAAAAUUACUGAAAGCAGCAAGGGAAAAACGACAAAUAACAAACAAGGGAACUCCCAUAAGGUUAACAGCUGAUUUCUCAGCAGAAACUCUACAAGCCAGAAGGGAGUGGCAUGAUGUACUUAAAGUAAUGAAAGGGAAGAACCUACAACCAAGAUUACUCUACCCGGCAAGGAUCUCAUUCAGAUUCGAUGGAGAAAUCAAAAGCUUUACAGACAAGCAAAAGCUAAGAGAAUUUAGCACCACCAAACCAGCUCUACAACAAACGCUAAAGGAACUUCUCUAAAUGGGAAACACAAGAGAAGAAAAGGACCUACAAAAACAAACCCAAAACAAUUAAGAAAAUGGUCAUAGGAACAUACAUAUCGAUAAUUACCUUAAACGUGAAUGGAUUAAGUGCUCCAACCAAAAGACACGGGCUUGCUGAAUGGAUACAAAAACAAGACCCAUAUAUAUGUUGUCUACAAGAGACCCACUUCAGACCUAGGGACACAUACAGACUGAAAGUGAGGGGAUGGAAAAAGAUAUUCCAUGCAAAUGGAAAUCAAAAGAAAGCUGGAGUAGCAAUACUCAUAUCAGAUAAAAUAGACUUUAAAAUAACGUUACAAGAGACAAGGAAGGACACUACGUAAUGAUCAAGGGAUCAAUCCAAGAAGAAGAUAUAACAAUUAUAAAUAUAUGUGCACCCAACAUAGGAGCACCUCAAUACAUAAGGCAACUGCUAACAGUAUGAAAGAGGAAAUCGACAGUAACACAGUAAUAGUGGGGGAUUUUAACACCUCACUUAACACCAAUCGACAGAUCAUCCAAACAGAAGAUUAAUAAGGAAACACAAGCUGUAAAUGGCACAAUAGACCAGAUGGACUUAAUUGAUAGUUAUAGGACAUUCCAUCCAAAAACAGCAGAUUACACUUUCUUCUCAAGUGCGCACGGAACUUUCUCCAGGAUAGAUCACAUCUUGGGUCACAAAUUAAGCCUCAGUAAAUUUAAGAAAAUUGAAAUCAUAUUAAGCAUCUUUUCUGACCACAACGCUAUGAGAUUAGAAAUCAAUUACAGGGGAAAAAACGUAAAAAACACAAACACGUGGAGGCUAAACAGUACAUUACUAAAUAACCAAGAGAUCACUGAAGAAAUCAAAGAGGAAAUCAAGAAAUACCUAGAGACAAAUGAUAAUGAAAACACGACGAUCCAAAACCUAUGGGAUGCAGCAAAAGCAGUUCUAAGAGGGAAGUUUAUAGCUAUACAAGCCUACCUCAAGAAACAAGAAAAAUCUCAAAGAAACAACCUAACCUUACACCUAAGGGAACUAGCGAAAGAAGAACAAACAAAACCCAAAGUUAGCAUAAGGAAAGAAAUCAUAAAGAUCAGAGCAGAAAUAAAUGAAAUAGAAACAAAGAAAACAAUAGCAAAGAUCAAUAAAACUAAAAACUGGUUCUGUGAGAAGAUAAACAAAAUUGAUAAACCAUUAGCCAGACUCAUCAAGAAAAAGAGGGAGAGGACUCAAAUCAAUAAAAUUAGAAAUGAAAAAGGAGAAGUUACAACAGACACUGCAGAAAUACAAAGCAUCCUACGAGACUACUACAAGCAACUCUAUGCCAGUAAAAUGGACAAUCUGUAAGAAAUGGACAAAUUCUUAGAAAGGUAUAACCUUCCAAGACUGAACCAGGAAGAAAUAGAAAAUAUGAACAGACCAAUCACAAGUAAUGAAAUUGAAACUGUGAUUAAAAAUCUUCCAACAAACAAAAGUCCAGGACCAGAUGGCUUCACAAGUGAAUUCUAUCAAACAUUUAGAGAAGAGCUAACACCCAUCCUUCUCAAACUCUUCCAAAGAAAUUGCGGAGGAUGGAACACUCCCAAACUCAUUCUAUGAGGCCACCAUCACCCUGAUACCAAAACCAGACAAAGAUACUACAAAAAAAGAAAAUUACAGACCAAUAUCACUGAUGAAUAUAGAUGCAAAAAUCCUCAACAAACUACUAGCGAACAGAAUCCAACAACACAUUAAAAGGAUCAUACACCAUGAUCAAGUGGGAUUUAUCCCAGGGAUGCAAGGAUUCUUCAAUAUAUGCAAAUCAAUCAGUGUGAUACACCAUAUUAACAAAUUGAAGAAUAAAAACCAUAUGAUCAUCUCAAUAGAUGCAGAAAAAGCUUUUGACAGAAUUCAACAGCUGUUUAUGAUAAAAACUCUCCAGAAAGUUGGCAUAGAGGGAACCUACCUCAACAUAAUAAAGGCCAUAUACUACAAACCCACAGCAAACAUCAUUCUCAAUGAUGAAAAACUGAAAGCAUUUCCUCUAAGAUCAGGAACAAGACAGGAUGUCCACUCUCACCACUGUUAUUCAACAUAGUUUUGGAAGUCCUAGCCACGGCAAUCAGAGAAGAAAAAGAAAAGGAAUACAAAUUGGAAAAGAAGAAGUAGAACUGUCACUGUUUGCAGAUGACAUGAUACUAUACAUAGAGAAUCCUAAAGAUGCCACCAGAAAACUACUAGAGCUAUUCAAUGAAUUUGGUAAAGUUUCAGGAUACAAAAUUAAUGCACAGAAAUCUCUUGCAUUCCUAUACACUAAUGAUGAAAAAUCUGAAAGAGAAAUUAAGGAAACACUCCCAUUUACCACUGCAACAAAAAGAAUAAAAUACCUAGGAAUAAACCUACCUAGGGAGACAAAAGACCUGUAUGCAGAAAACUAUAAGACAAUGUUGAAAGACAUUAAAGAUGAUACCAACAGAUGGAGAAAUAUACCAUUUUCUUGGAUUGGAAGAAUCAAUAUUGUGAAAAUGACUAUACUACCCAAAGCAAUCUACAUAUUCAGUGCAAUCCCUAUCAAACUACCAAUGGCACUUUUUACAGAACUAGAACAAAAAAUCUUAAAAUUUGUAUGGAGACACAAAAGACCCCGAAUAGCCAAAGCAGUCUUGAGGGAAAAAAACGGAGCUGGAGGAAUCAGACUCCCUGACUUCACACUAUACUACAAAGCUACAGUAAUCAAGACAAUAUUGGUACUGGCACAAAAACAGAAAUAUAGAUCAAUGGAACAGGAUAGAAAGCCCAGAGAUAAACCCACACACCUAUGGUCAACUAAUCUAUGACUAAGGAGGCAAGGAUAUACAAUGGAGAAAAGACAGUCUCUUCAAUAAGUGGUGCUGGGAAAACUGGACAGCUACAUGUAAAAGAAUGAAAUUAGAACACUCCCUAACACCAUACACAAAAAUAAACUCAAAAUGGAUUUGAGACCUAAAUGUAAGACCGGAUACUAUAAAACUCUUAGAGGAAAACAUAGGAAGAACACUCUUUGACAUAAAUCACAGCAAGAUCUUUUUUGAUCCACCUCCUAGAGUAAUGGAAAUAAAAAAAAAAUAAACAAAUGGGGCCUAAUGAAACUUAAAAGCUUUUGCACAGCAAAGGAAACCAUAAACAAGACAAAAAGACAGCCCUCAGAAUGGGAGAAAAUAUUUGCAAACGAAUCAUCGGACAAAGGAUUAAUCUCCAAAAUAUAUAAACAGCUCAUGCAGCUCAAUGUUAAAAAAACAAACAACCCAAUCCAAAAAUGGGCAGAAGACCUAAAUAGACAUUUCUCCAAAGAGGACAUACAGAUGGCCAAGAAGCACAUGAAAAGCUGCUCAACAUCACUAAUUAUUAGAGAAAUGCAAAUCAAAACUACAAUGAGGUAUUACCUCACAGCGGUUAGAAUGGGCAUCAUCAGAAAACCUACAAACCAAGAAAUGCUGGAGAGGGUGUGGAGAAAAGGGAACCCUCUUGCACUGUUGGUGGGAAUGUAAAUUGAUACAGCCACUAUGGAGAACAGUAUGGAGGUUCCUUAAAAAACUAAAAACAGAACUACCAUAUGACCCAGCAAUCCCACUACUGGGCAUAUACCCAGAGAAAACUGUAAUUCAAAAAGACACAUGCACCCCAAUGUUCAUUGCAGCACUAUUUACAAUAGGCAGGUCAUAGAAGCAACCUAAAUGCCCAUCAACAGAUGAAUGGAUAAAGAAGAGGUGGUACAUAUAUACAAUGGAAUAUUACUCAGCCAUAAAAAGGAACGAAAUUGGGUCAUUUGUAGAGACAUGGAUGCAUCUAGAGACUGUCAUCCAGAGUGAGUAAGUCAGAAAGAGAAAAACAAAUAUCGUACAUUAACGCAUAUAUGUGGAACCUAGAAAAUGGUACAGAUGAACCGGUUUGCAGGGCAGAAAUAGAGACACAGAUGUAGAGAACAAACGUAUGGA